GGUUGAAAAUGGCUUCACCGAUAAAACACAUUGACAAUUUUCUAAUCUCCUCAACUCCACAUAACUUUCAGACUGAAAACAAAAAUAAUUUUAAACGGAAAGAUGUCAAAGCUAAUCUGGAUAUGGAAGUAAACACUGAUGGUGUAACGACAUCUCAGGAUAAAUGUGUAUUUCAGUCUAAAGUAAAAGCUCGAAACAGCAAUAAUAGCUUGGUAUACCUAGAAGAUGCCUUACGUUUGGGAUGGACAUCUCAACGUGCGAGUUACUUAUUCGAUCUCUUAACAAGGCCUCCUCUUCUUUUUUCUCCCAGCAUGGGAAUCAGUCUUUCAUUUGGAAAAGGUUCACAGAAUGGUUUCCAAAUUUUGCCCCCUAACAAACGCAAUCGACCGAUCGAUCCUGACCCAUGUUUGUUAUCUAUCGACGGUCUUCUAGAUUGUUUAUUCGUGACGAAUUCCUUGGUUGAUCAAAUCUAUCAUGACUGUAUGGAUAAUCCAGACAAUCGGGGGACUGAUGAAUACGAACAUUCUCCUACUGUUUUGGCUGCGAAAUUCUUCCGCAGACGAGUAAAGCCAAUCAUUACUCGAUUAUCUGAAUUCCGUCUCAAAUUAUCGGAUUUCAAACUCGGUGCAUGUGUUGGCAGAGGAGCUUGUGGAAUAGUACGUGUAGUACGUGAAGUAUCACCUCCUCAUUCAGUCUAUGCAAUGAAGUCGCAGUUUAAAGGCGCUUGGCUGCAUCACGAUCCGGAGGGCUCUCAGAUUCUGCUUGAAAGAACUGUGUUAGCGCAAGCAACUGCCAUUGAAAAUCCAUGGCUUCCGCACUUGCAUUAUGCAUUUCAGGAUGAAAAGCACUUGCAUCUUGUGAUGGACUACGAACCCGGUGGUGAUUUGUAUAUAUUCUUAAGCAAAGUUGGUCAUUUGCUGGAUUCAAAAAUGAUACAAUUUUAUGCUGCUGAAGCUGUGGAAGCCAUCCAUUCAUUGCACCAAAUGGGAUAUAUCCAUUGUGACCUAAAGCCGGAAAAUUUUGCAAUCGAGAGAAGUGGACACCUGAAGUUAAUUGAUUUUGGCUCGGCUAUCAGACUUGAUGCUGAUGGAAAAUGUAUCUGUCCUACAAUGGUUGGAACAAAAGAAUAUUUAAACAUUGAACUUUUACGACAACGUGGACGACAUAAUCAAGAGCCAUUACUUGUCGGGCCUGAAUUUGAUUAUUGGGCUAUUGGUGUUCUUUUGUAUGAAUUGUUUUAUGGGCAAACACCUUUCUACGAUGAAGAUGAUGAUACAAUGAUGCAGAAAAUUAUGGAUUAUCGGAAAACGCUGACAUUCCCUCCAACCGCUGAAAUAACAGACUGUGCCAUUCAUUUAAUUAAAUCAUUGAUUAUUAGUCCAUCGAAACGGUUAAGCUAUGAAGAUGUUGUUGUGCAUCCAUUCUUCAAAGAUAUUGACUUCUCUGCAUUGAGACAAGUCACUCCUCCAUACUUACCGCCAGUUGGUGAGUUAGAUGAUGUUUCAAAUUUUUCUGGUGGUGGCUCUCGUGCUCGUGAUGAAGUUAUGUUGGAUGUUUCUAAAAACCAAACUUUCUCCCCAAUGCGUUGUACAAAGUCAUCUGUUCAAGAUGGAUAUGUCACCCAGUGCGCUACUUUAAACGAAGGAGAUGAAACUGUGUUAGUGAAACCUUUAGAUACUGAAAUUUUGAAUGAUGAAAAUCAAGAAAAUAUUAAUCCACAGAAAUCACCAUUGUCUUCCGAAUUAAUAAAAAGAAAAGCAAUUCAAGAGGCAGCUGCUGUACCAAUAAAUGAAGAGAUUGAAGAAAUAGAAGAUAUAGAAUGGGAAGGUUCUGAAUGUGUCCGAGACUUACCAUUCUUAGGAUAUACAUAUACACCUGGAUUAGUAUUAUUUGGAAACCUUUCCAAGAAACAGUUUCAGUCAGCUGCCGUUGCUCAUGUUGGAACGUCAGUAAUAGCUAAUAUCAGCACACCUCAUAGGCGAACAUUUAGUGAACGCCAAAACUCAUUAUCUGCAUCAGUUAAAAAUAGUAUUGGUUCUUUGGAAGUUGGACAACUUAAUGAUGCUAAAAAAAUGAAUGAUUCUGAAAUUAUCAGUUUAUCUGAACUUCAACAACGUAAUCGACAGUUAUCUGAACAAAUUGAACAACUUAAACUACAGAAUAAAGAGUCUGAGGAUUUACGUCAAAGAUUAAUGAAUGCAUUCGACAAUGGUCAUGUCCUGAAAGAAAUUAAUGAAGCUGUACGCGUUCUUUCUGAUACAGUUGUUGAAAAAGAAAAAUCUACUGUUGGGCAUUUGAAUUCUCGAAUAAGACAUCUUCAGGAAGAAAAUGUUCGUUUGACCACUUCAGUACAGAAUUAUCAACAAGCACAAGCUAUAGUGGAUCAAUUACAACACGCUGUGUCCCGUCUUUCAAAUUUACCAAGUAAUUUCACAGAAGCAGACUUACUUGAUUUGUUAACUGCCUUAUGUCCACCUACAGUUUAUACAACACCUGAAAUGCUCAGUGAUAUUUCACUUUCAACUACACAUACAUCUAAUUCAUCUGAUAAUCUUAUUGGCUAUGAAUUAGUUCAUCGUCUCAUUAAUUUCGCUCUUAAACAAUUUAAACACGCUUCGAAUCGUGCAAGACAAUCAUGUUUUGCAUUAGAAUCGACUAAUACUGAAUUGAAAAAAGCUCUAGAUGAAUCAAAACAGCAAGUCAAUCAAUUAGUGGAAACCAUAGAUGGAUUAAUUGCUGAUCAACGUCGUUAUCGUGAAACCGAAAACAAUCUUAAUUGGGAAAUUAAAGAUUUAAAACAAAAACUUGAGGAUUCGAAAGAUUAUCAACGUGAUCUACACCAGAAGUUCUUACAGUUUGAAGAUAAAUACUUUUCAGCACGAGAGAGAUUAAAAGAGGAAGAAAAGAAAAACAAAGAAAUUACAGAGAAGCUUGAACAAUUAACGUUUAAAUCAGUGCAAAAGCAACAAAACAAUUCAUCUGAAUUACAAACACAAUCAGGUCAACUUAAUUUAUUGGUCGAACGUAAUAAGGAAGUUGAACGAGAACUUGCAGCUUUAAGAGAUGCCUUACAAGCUGCAACACAACAAAAUGGAUCAGAAUUGAGUGAAUUGAGAAAGCAAUUAGAGAAUGUAAGAACGGAGAAAGAGCAAUUGUUCAAUGCUAAACAAUCUGAACGUCGUCAAUUAGAAGAACGAGCAGAUAAAGCAGAAGCACAAUUGAAAAGUCUACGUGAUCAAAUUGCAGUUAUGCUUACUGAACGUGGUCGUCUAGUCUCACUUUCAGCAAUUGAUUCUCAGCGCUUGUCAGAUAUGCAACUGCAGUUAAAUGAUGCAAUCAUGAAAAAAGAAUCUGCUGAGAUUUCUCUUCGUGAAGCAACACUUCGAUUGGAAAGAUUAAAUACUACACAAAAUCAAACGCUUAUUCUUGAUCAAAUGAGAAAUGAAUUUGAAUCAACAAGAUCUCAAUUGAGAACUGCUCAGACUGAAUUGAUUCAUCAUAAACAAAAUGAAGAGUUGUUACGUGAGCGUGCAGCCAACUAUGAGCGUGAGAUUUCUGAUUUGAAACAAGAAGUAUCACUUUUACGAACGCGACAUGAUCAGUUACAAGCUUCUAUUACUCUAUGUCAUACUGCAGAAAAUUUAUCAGAAGCUCACAAUCAAAUAGUUACUCUCACUGAUGAGAAACAGACACUCAAAGAUGAGAUAGAUCAACUUCGAACUCAAGUUGAACGAUUGCGUCUGAACAAUACACAGCUUCUCAGUCAACGUGAUGCUGCUCGUCAAGAGGCUCGGGAAUCAGAAAUGGCGACAGUGCGAGCCAAAGAACUUGGUGAAGCGACACAACAAGCUCUUGAACGUGAAGUUCACCGUCUUUCUACUAUCACAGAACAACAAGGAAAGUUGAUCAACCACAUGCGUAACCUGCUACCUCCAGAAUUCAAUAACACUAAUCGUAAUUGUUCCGCUGACAGUGGUUCAGAUUAUCAAAAUUCUGAAGGUGGAAAACGACGGGCUAGUAAAUUCCCAAGUUCUAAAGGUCGUCGACCAGGUGCUCCAUUAAUUUCAGCUGCUUCUGCUUUUUUCAAUAAACAUCGUAAACGUGAAGUGAAACCUGAGUCUAAUCAUGAGAAUGUCAAAUAUUUAUCAUCUAACGAGUUCACAAGACAACCCAGCCGUAUACAAAAGAUGAUGAGCAAAACGCGUCUCAACUUCAAAAAGCAUUCUACUAUGCCUGUUAAAGUAGAUUAUUCUGUAGAUGCACCUUAUUACACAACGUCUACAGGUGACGAUUGUUAUAUGGAAGAUUAUGACCCAUUGGGAUAUGAUAUUUAUUCUGCGGAUGAUGCUGAUUUUGACGAUGGACUUCCGUUUCCUGCUCCUUCAACUUUUGCCGUUCCACACGGUCGUCCACCUAGAGCAAGUGAUAGUGUGUCAAAUACUGGUAGUACAUCUUCCGCUCCAAGUACAGCCAGUUCUGCUCCAGCUGGCCCAAUAAAAUUUGUCCGUGAACAUUCAUGGCACAGAAAUCGAUCAAAGGUUCAUGUGGGUUGGGCAGAUGAUAAUGAAAAGUCGGGAUUUACUAAAAUGCCGUCAGUUUUGAAGCAUCGUAGUCAACCGAAAAUACUAAAACAACUAAGUAAAGUUCUUGGUCGUGACAAGCAAUCUUCAACACAUCUUGAUCCGAAUCGACUUGAAAAUUGAUUAUUUUUCAUAUCAACAGUGUGAAUGUGUGUAUGUGUGUGUUUAUUUGUUUCCAAUAUUUGUAUGCAACAAUAUCAUUCCUCUUUUUUCUCAUAUUAUAUAUGCAAACACUAGUUUAUAACACAGAAACUUUAUUAAUGUUGUAUGCAUUUAUCUUGUGGUUUAUAUUUUUUAAUCAAAUAUGAAUAUAUAUACAUGUAUAUACAUGCAUACAUAUACUGUUUGUUUGUAACUGACUCUAUAAUUGUGUUUUGUUCUUAUCGGUACAUACUUUCUUUAAA